AUGAUGGAUCAUAAAGAUGCCUUAACCAGUUAUAGAGCUCAAGUACGUAAGAUACUUCAGGAUAAUGAAUGCAACUGUCGGAGAGAAGCUAAGAAACUUCACCAAUUAGCGCUAAUCAUCACAGAAAGAUCCCACAAGAGCCAUAGUACACUGUCAAGAAAGCUAAGAUCUAUUCUACAGCAGGAAUUUUCCACUUUUGCUGCACUUCUCGCCAGACCAACGUUCUCCAACUCCAAGUCGUGGGAAGAUGUUGCGAAAAGGCUUCUUCAUUAUAAGACAAGGCUAAACUGCAUCAAGGGACACAUAAUCUACAUCGACAAGACGUUUCAAUUGCAAGGGACCUUGACCAGGUCGCUAGAGCACUUGUUAGUACGACUUUUGCUCGAGAAUGGAGAUAGUUUGACGAAGAGCUAUAAAGAGGCUUGUGCAUAUUACAUAUGCAACUCAGAGGAUUGUGGAAGGAAUUUGGAGUUUAUUUAUAAGUCCAUUUAUGAAUACGAGGCAUCGGAAAUGCUCAAUAAAGUUACUCCUAAUCAUGAAUUAUUGAGCAAGCUCACCAAUAUGGGUCUCACUUGUCUCAAGGAAUGGAGGCUCCUCCACGCAGAUGCCAAUUUCUUCGAUAUCUAUGAAAUAUGGCAGAAGUAUCAUAAUCUUUCCAAACUAGCAGGCAACACGAAUUCGAACCUCUCCGCAAUUUCGACACUUUUUGAUGAUGAUCCUUACAAGCUUUUGAAAAGUUUGCACAAUGUUUACCUGAGCUAUGAAGAUGUGAAUCUUCUUUUGUCUUUCUCCAAAAAGAAGGGCUGGAAGCGUUCUUUAGAGGAUGCUUUUGUCGUGCUCAGAAAUGUUACAUUGUGCAAUGGCGAUUUCGAACGCCUGCUGCAAUCCAUUCUUUUGAGCGAAUACCCCUCUAAUAAUAACGAUACCUUCAAGUAUGUGGUUUCUAUUCGUCGGAACUUCCAACAAAGUGUUAAAAACAUCAAGCAAUUUCAAACUGACAUGAUUCGUUAUUUAGACUUUAGGCUCAGGAAAAAUUACAACGAAAUGAGGAAAAACGCAAGCGCUAGCCUAUCCCAUAGUGAUCAUCUGUGGAUUUCUGCUGUAACUUUGUUGAUCGUUCAUUAUAUUCCAAAGCGUCGAGAUUUUUUACAAAGAUAUCUCAAAGAAGGUUUAUUUCGACAAAUACUGAUGCUCAAUUCUAAAUACCCAAGGUUCUUCAACCAUAGGGCUUCUUUGCAACGCCAUUUGAUUGAAAAUCUCCGAGUUCAUAUUCCAAUGGAUGUUCAUCCUUAUCUCACGCUGAACAACGACGCUCUUACAUCGCUGGAUAAAACUUAUAGGAUGAACCACAACAAGACCAAUUUUGUCGGAUUGUAUUUAUCCAAACAUUCUUACAAUGAAAUUUCUGAUGCUCUCAUGGUGACUACUGAUCCUAUUUGGCCCUCGAUUGAAUUUCAAAGGGAGUGGACCAAACAAGUCGAUCUGUUUGCUGCUGAAGAUAAGAUUCUCCAAGGAAUUUUCAGCCUUCACUCUAUCACAAUGUCCUCACCAUUUCGGUUGGCAGGGGGUGCCCGUUUGGGGUUGCUUGUCAACCUCACCAUGGCAAGCAUCAUUUAUUUGUUUAAUGAUCAUGAUGAGCUCCAUUUCCGUGAAAUAUGCAAACUUCUGGGCAGCAAAGAAGAAGCUGCAAUCAUUCGAGAGCUCAGUACACUCGAAAAGCACAAAGUCCUUAUGCGCAAGAAUACAAAUUACUUUGAAAUCAACGAUAGUUAUAUACCGACUCAAUUGGUGGCAGAAACCGGAGUCAUACGAUGCACUUAA